AUGGACGAUCCGACCGACAACAAGCUAAGUUCCGUUAUCAAUAUCGCUGCAGAUGGCGACGUUAUUCUGGUUGUUGGUCCGGAAAAGAUGAAGCUUCGGGUUUUUUCACUAUUUCUGAAGACGGCUUCGAAACCAUUCUCCGCUAUGUUUGGCCCCGACUGGAAGGAAGGCCAUGAUAUGCUCGGUCGGGAUGGUCCAGUGGAGCUACUACUACCCGAAGACAAUGCCAGUGCGCUAAAGUUCAUCUGUGCCAUCAUUCACCACCGGAACAAUCAGGUGCCUCAAACCCUUGCUGCAGGCGACGUUCUAGAGGUUGCCGUCACAGCGGACAAGUAUGAUUGUGUUGAUGCUCUGAAAUUUGCCAGUGGAAAUUGGCUUCUGCCCGGUAAAAACGAACCUGGGGAUCUAAUGCUUCUUACUGCCGCGGCAUAUUUAUUCCAGAACGCAAAAGCUUUUAAAGAGAUCACGAGACAAUUGAUACUCAAUCAUGAUGGUCCCUACCUUGCUCUCUCAUGCGAAGAGGUUGAAUCUGCUAUAACCUGGAGAGUAUUCUAUUUGCUAGAAGGACAAAGAAGCUUUGCAAGGCUGGAACUAGCUGAAAUACUCAUAGCUGGGAUAAAUGACGGGACUGGGAUUUGUGUUCAUAAGUGUGGAUGGACAAGUAAAUAUGCAUAUGCAUAUUUAAAGUUGCUCGAAGAGAAGGAUCUUUGGCCAGCGCGCUUGCUCCAUCUCUCUCUCUCUAAGGCAAUAGACUUAGCAGAAAAGAUGCCUGAUCCAAUACCUGGGGAGCCAAGUAUUGCAUGUACUUACAAGUACAAACAUGCUGCGCCAGAGUACAGGGAAAACCGUCGUUGGAGCUUGGACACGCUGAACAACAGUAUUGGGCUUUGUCUACACUGUGUUCGAUCGGGUGGCACGGAUUCUUAUUGUAACCACAGCUCUAGCACAUAA